CUGCUCUUCAAGUCGAUACUUUCCACACUCGAGUGAGAGCGAGUCAUACAACAAAUGAAGCCUAUCUUUUCCUGAGCAGAGAGGAAGUUCUGCGUAACAGAUUUAAACAGCCUUGAGCCCACUUGAAGCCAUCUUGUUGUUCCUCUUUCUCUGCAAGGGAUCUCAGUACUCUACUACCUUACAUUUUUAUCUUACACCAGGUGAAAGCCAGUUCCGCAACAUGCACUUCGUUAUAAUCGUCCUCUUGGAAACCCUUGCAGCCUCUGUAGCCGCACGUCCCAUUGUCGUCUCACCCGAUCUCUCCUACGCCUCGGCGCCAUCAUUCAGAAAUGGCAUGCACUCCAACACUAUUGAAAUCAAAGGAGGGGAAGAAGAUCAGCCUGAUCUUCAACCUAGGGAUGAGGCCGUAGUUGAUGUCCUUGGCUUAAACAAUGAAGAUGCCGGAAUGUCCAAUCAGCAAAAUGACAAGGAGAUCGCUCACGUCUCUCCCAACAAUGACCUUCCAAUCGCCCCAAGGGCAAAUAAGAAGCCCACGAAAGCUGAAUUAAAGGCCGACGACAAGAAGUUUCACAGGGAUCAACUACGACCAGACGACGCAAAAUACAUCAACAACCUCGACAAAGCCAAUGCCAAAAAAUGUGGUACAAAUUGCCAGCACUCCUUAGACUCUGAGCGAUCCCAAAGGAGUAGGGAGGCCAAAGAGAAGCAGCGAAAUGCGCCAAAUCUUCCAGGUUCAAGAGCAUCAAGAGGUGAAGUCAAUAGUAAAGAGGAUGACUAUCAGCACGAUUUGAAUCACCUGCGUAUGGACAGAGGUGACAUAGGUCAAAACGGCAAGAAUUCCCUGAACUCGUGGCAUUCAGUCGAAUCAGCCAAUUCGAAGGCAUCUAAGGCAUCGAAGGCGUCGAAAGGAGGCAAAACUCAUGGCUGAGCAGCUUAGAAAUGCUUUGAACCAACAAUAUGUUCACGGAUUGUAACAAGCUGCAAGUUCGGCUUAUGUUUCACUCAAUUCUCAGGGGAAAGAAUGAUCGAAAGAUUCGUUGAGAUAGUUUUUAUAGCAAAUGAAGUGUUGUCGCAAUCA